AUGGCUAUGGAGAAUGACUCUGCAGUGACUGAGUUCAUUCUUGUGGGAUUAACAGACCAACCUGAGCUCCAGCUGCCCCUCUUUGUGCUGUUCCUGGUCAACUAUGCAGCCACUGUGCUGGGAAACUUGAGCAUAAUGAAUCUCAUUUUUCUGAAUUCACAUCUCCAUACUCCCAUGUACUUUUUCCUCUUCAAUCUGUCCUUCAUUGAUUUCUGUUACUCAUUUGUCUGUACCCCCAAAAUGCUGAUGAGUUUUGUUUCAGAGAAGAACACCAUCUCCUUCAGAGGAUGCAUGACUCAGUUGUUUUUCUUCUCCUUUUUUGUCAGCUCUGAGUGUUAUGUGCUGACAGCUAUGGCCUAUGAUCGCUAUGUGGCCAUCUGUCAGCCUCUGCUGUACAUGGUUGUCAUGUGUCCUAGGUUCUGCUGCCUGUUAAUGUUUAUAAUAUAUUUGAUGGGGUUUGCUGGUGCAAUGGUCCACACAGGGUUUAUGAUCAGGCUCAGCUUUUGUGAUAAGAAUACCAUCAACCACUACAUGUGUGACAUCUCCCCUCUCCUUCAGCUCUCCUGCAGCAGCACCUAUGCCAACGAACUUGUGAGCUCUCUUAUAGUAGGUACAUUUCUCAUUUUCUCUAGCUUGAUUAUCUUAACCUCCUAUGCUAUGAUCCUUUUAAAUAUCAUUCAGAUGUCUUCAGGUAAUGAUUGGUCUAAGGCCAUGGAAACUUGUGGGUCUCACAUCAUAACUGUUACUUUAUUCUAUGGAUCUGGUCUGCUAACUUAUGUCAAGCCAUCAUCUGCUAUGUCUGUGGACCAGGGGAAAGUUUUCUCAGUGUUUUAUACUAUUGUGGUGCCCAUGUUGAAUCCUCUCAUAUACAGCCUCAGGAACAAAGAUGUCAAAGUUGCUGUGAGGAGAACCAUAAAGAGAAUCACAGGCUGA